UUGAAUGCGUUGCCAUGGCGACCCCGGCAGCUGCGGCCUGCGGCCUGUAUUGUUGCCUUUUGGACACGACAUAAAGGGAGCGGGAAAGGAAGGAAGGCAGGCAGUGGGAGGAGAGGUUUCACAGCUCAAGGGACGCGCCCGCCAUCGUACCUCACGCCCCUCCCAGCAGCCCGGACCUUAGCUGCUUGUUAUUUACCUUCAGAUGAAGAGUAUAGAUUCCUAAUUUAAUCCAAGUGGUUUCUCAUCAAAUGGAGGAAAAGAGGUCACCCACAGAAAUUGAAGACGGAGGUGGUGAUAACUUUCAGAAUUUACCCAACAAAAGAAAAAGCCUUUCUGCUUCCAGUUCAUCAAGAUGCAUCCACCAAUCCCUUGAGAAUCUUGUGUCUAAUUCAUCAGCCUCUUUGGAUUUGAGUAGAAAAGAUCUACAGCAUCUAACUGAGGAGAUAUACAAGCUAUUUAACCUUAAACAUUUGCAUCUGGAAGGAAAUGCACUGUCUGUAAUUCCUGAAGAUUUAUUUCAUCAAUUGCCAAAUCUUGUUUGGCUGGACCUGCGGUAUAACAAAAUUAAGGAGCUUCCUCCUGGAAUUGGAUGCCACAAGCAGUUGAAAACUCUGCUGUUAGAAGGAAAUCCUAUUAAAAGACUACCUGUUGAGCUUGGUAACUUGGCAUCACUUACAGCCUUGAACCUCAGGCACUGUCCUCUUGAGUUUCCACCACCUGAAGUGAUACAGAAGGGUCUGCCCGUUAUUUUAUCCUUCCUUCAGAAAUUCAGCAAUGAAAAUGACAGUGCAGAACGAUUUCUACAAGACUUGUCUUCUCCACUAGAACAAGAAGCAAAGGCCAUUGUUAAAGAAUACAAGAGAAAAUGUGACAGACCACCCGAGCGUAGGAAAGCUUUCAACGAAUUGUGGCGACACAUGAGCUUCCUUAAAAUGCCUCCUGUUGAAAAGUUAAACUUGACAGACAUCAUGAAAUCCAGUAUGGAUUUGUCAGAUGGAUGGCCUAGUGAGGAGGAAAUGAUACGAUUUCAGAAGCUGAGGGACAAAUUGAUCCAAGAUGAAAAAGAAGAAUAUCAGGCCAACAAAAUGGUAGCCAACGAAUCCAUGCCUGCACUAAGGAGAACCAGGACUAAAGAAAGCCUCUCUCAAAAAUCAUCCAUGGUUUCAUCCAGGGUCAAGAAGAAUAUGUUUCCUGCAGUUUCAUCUUACGAUAUGAUCGUUCAUAAAAAGAGGGCUGAAGAGUUCCGGUUAGCAGCACUAAAGGAGAUGAAGGAGAAACAGGCUACUAUGGAACAGAGGCAAAAAGAUAAAGAAGUGCUUCAAAAAUGGAGAAAACAGACCAAGAAGAUGAGAGAGAGAAAGAGAAUGUUGUACAAACCAGAAAAAGGAGACAUGGGGGUUUCACAAAACGCACCUUAUGCUACUGAUAAUGUAAAAAAUGACAAGCUAGAAGGCUGGAAAGAACCACCUAGACACGAUGAAAACACAGAGAAAACCCUGAAAAUGAUAGGUGAUUUAAGAGCUGAGAAAUAUAAGGAAGUGGAAAACCGUAUUAAGCAACAUAUGCUUAUGAUGAAAGAAAGAAGGAAGAAGUUAACAGGAGUACCCCAGGAAGAUAUGGAGAGAGCCAAGCAAGACUUUCAAACCGUUGAAAAGAUAGAAGCAGAGAUAGCCGACAUUAAGAGGGACCUUAACAAGGAGUAUCGCUUCACUGCCUUUACAGGGGAGCUGCCAGCUACAUCAGAAAGUUCUCUAUCAGCUUCCAAGCCUCAAAAUAUAUUUUCUAACAUGACAUUUUAAUCACAUAAAUAUAUUUCCCAUGCAGGAGCCACCUGCUGCUGCGGCAUAUUUUUAACAGGACCCGCUUUUAAACAGACUUCAUAAAAUUGUUCUUUUCAACUUUUAUUUCUUUUUUGUUUAUACCUUCAUGACAUUAAAAUUAGAAUUUUAAUACCUCCAUAAAGGUUAAAACAUGUCUAAAUGUUUUAAAGUGCCUUUAGUUGUUGUGUAAUGUUUCUAAUGCUGAAUCAUUUUAGAGAUUUAAGUGGCACAAUCCUCUGGAAACCGGCCUCUUCCAAUCAUUCUGAUAGAAUGGGGCUCUCUAAUGAAAGAAAAACGUGCUCACACAUUUCAAAACGGAGAUUAAAAAUAGUACUAGUAUCAUGGAUGAAUUAGGGCACUGUGCUAACCUUCCUUGAUGAAAGCAUCUCUUGGAAGUGGGAGACCAAUGAAGACAUGCACGAAAAUGGAUUUGAAGGGCUUGAGAAACAGCACGUGAUCCUCCCAGCAGCUGUUCUGUCUGUUCAGGAAAGGAGAUUUCCAUUUUUCAAAUCACCACAAUGGCCCAAGCUUUAUUUCAGUCCUACUGUAGAUCAGUGUGCACUGUUAACUUCAAUGCCCUUGGAAGUAAUCAACAUCUUUUCCUUGAAUUCUAGUAUUCAAGGUUUUUGUGAUUAUGGAAAAGUCAAGGUUGUGGUUUUUGUGUGUGUGUGUUUUUGCAAAACCUUGUGUGCUGAACUUGUCAAUAAAUCU